GACUGGGUUUAGGCAAAAAUCUGUCCAGCACACUCGGGAUGACAGGACAGCCAAUCAAGACGUCGUUUGCCGAGUUAAACUACUGCGUUAACCAGCUAACAUAGUUAGUUAAUGGCUAACUAUGAAAUACAGGCUGAAAAACUGCGUUAUUUCGGCGAAUAUAUAAAUAGUUUUGGAUAGUGUUGGCACUAGCAGUUAAAGCUAACUUUACGUUAGCAACCAGCUAGCUAAUGUUAAUUCUGAAUAACCAUUCGAGUAAACCUAGCUAGCUAACGCAUAAGUUGUUUGAUGUGGUUUGACAGUUGUAGCGUGACGUUAGACAACAUUUACAGAGAUAAACUAAGUUGGGAAGUUUAGCUGAGAAAUGCUGGCGUCAAUUCCGUUUAGUUCGACAACAUAUGCAGAGGAGCAGUUUUGACUUUGGGCUGUCAACAAGCUCGCUGACGUUAGCCGUCCUGGCUAGCCAGCUAGCUCUCUUGCUAGCAUGGCCAAAAUAGAAAACGGCCGUCAAUCAGCGGACACCAGGAGUAUCCGGACUAUUAGCAGCAGCCACAUGGACGAUGAAAGCUCUUUUGGAUCCGACUCGGAGAUCAAUGGAUUCACCAGCGAAAGACAAACCGAUAAAUAUGGAUUCAUUGGUGGGGCACAGCAGCACACGGAGGAGUCAGCUCAGGAUUUGCCUCCAGCAGUGCUCAGGCAGAGGGAGGUGAAGUGGCUGGACAUGCUCAGCCACUGGGACAAGUGGAUGAUCAAAAGAUUCAAUAAGGUAAGGCUGCGAUCCCAGAAGGGAAUCCCUCCUGCACUCCGAGGCCGUGCAUGGCUCUACCUGUCGGGCGGAAAGGUGAAGAAAGAGCAGAACCAAGGAAAGUUUCAGGAGCUGGACAGCCAGCCUGGGGACCCCAAAUGGGUAGAUGUGAUUGAGAAAGACCUCCAUCGACAAUUUCCUUUCCAUGAGAUGUUUGUGUCACGGGGAGGACACGGACAGCAGGACCUGUUCCGUGUACUUAAGGCCUACACUCUGUACAGACCAGAGGAGGGAUACUGCCAGGCUCAGGCUCCCAUUGCUGCUGUGUUGCUUAUGCACAUGCCUGCUGAGGAUGCCUUCUGGGGGCUGGUCCAAAUUUGUGAGAAGUACCUUCCUGGCUACUACAGUCCUGGCCUGGAAGCUAUACAGUUAGAUGGAGAAAUCCUGUUCGCUCUGCUGCGGCGUUUCUCCCCGCUAUCCUUCCGCCAUCUGGAGAAACACAAGAUCGACCCCAUCCUCUACAUGACUGAAUGGUUUAUGUGUGCCUUCUCCAGGACGCUGCCCUGGGCCUCUGUGCUGCGUGUCUGGGACAUGUUCCUCUGUGACGGAGUGAAGAUAAUCUUUCGCGUGGGUUUGGUGCUGCUGAAGUGCAUGCUGGGGAGCCGGGAGAAGCUGAAAGCCUGCCAGGGACAGUAUGAAACCAUGGAGCUUCUAAGGACCAUAGAGCCUCGAUACAUGCAGGAGGGCUUCCUCGUCCGAGAGAUUCUGGAGGUGCCAGUGACAGCGCGAGACGUGGAAAGGGAGAAUCACACCCAGCUGAAGCGCUGGAAGAAGAACCGCGGAGAGCUGAAUUUCAAAUCCCCUCCGAGAAUGCACGGCGCUCGGAUGAUCAUGUUGGCCGAGCCGCCCAGACGCCAGGACCUGCAGCAGAACCCCACCAUUGUUCUCGAGGUGCCUCAGCUCAACACACUGAAGAAGGGAAAGGAGGAAAAGAAAAGCAAGAAGAAGAGGGGCAGCAUGAAGAAAUCCCAGCCCAUUCUGGAUAUACCUAAUCCCUACUCUCUUCCCACUGACCUUCCACCGCCACCCUCAGAUCCACCAGCUCCACCUCCAGUCAUCGAUGAGACGCCUGAGCCUGAGCCUGAGCCUGAGCCUGUAUCUGAGACUGUCCCUGUGCCUGAGACGGUGCCCGAGACAGUGCCUGAAACUGUGUGCGAGACUGUGCCUGAAACUGUGCGUGAGACUGUGCCCGAGACUGUGCCACAAAUUGAAACAGACCCACCUCACCAGCAGCAAGCGCCUCCAACAGACCAUUCCCCUGCCAAAGAAUCUCCUCUUCAGCGAUCCACGCAAAGCCUUAGCAGCACAGAGCAAGAUACAUACCUGUAGCUCCACAGCAGUCACUCAGUCUGUGUGUGUGUGUGUGUGUGUGUGUAUGUAUAUAUGUGUGUGUGCGGACAAAGCACCAGCACCCUUCAGCCAACGACCAGCCAGCCUUGCCAAGGACUAUUAUUCUAAUGUUGGACUGUUUAAUAUUCAUUUAUUCAUUUUAGACACCAUUUUGCCUAUGAUGUUAUUGGUAUAUACACUAAAGCAUCAUUGCUACGUGUUACGUUACUUUAUGCCAUUUCUCCACAGGAAGCUGAUGUUACGUCCUGUGCUUAUUCAAACCAUAAGUCUUAGUAUUCUGUUUGCAAGGGAGACAUGUUACUGAGUUACUGGGAGCAAGGUCAUUUCUUUUGAGCAGUGGGGUUACAAGGUUUAAUGGGACUUAAAUAAUGACUGCUGCAACUAACGAUUAUUUUCAUUAUUCAUUAAUCUUACAUUAGUCCAUUAAUCGUUUGGUCUACAAAAGAUCAGAAAAUAAUGAAAAAUGUCAAUGCCAGUUUCUCAAAGUCCAAGAUGAUGUCUUUAAAUGUCUUGUUUUGUCGGUCCAAAACAGCAAAGAUAUUCAGUUUAAUAUUUAAUAUAAAACCAAGAAAAGCAGGAACCAGCUGUAAAUGGCUGAAAAUGGCAUGUUGUUACAUUAACAAUUAAUGUUAAAUGUCAAAAUAGUUGAUUCUUUUUCUGUUGAUUGACUAAAGAUAAGUCACAGCUCUAUAAAGAGCAAUUAGUUGCCACAUUUUAUGCAGUUUUUCUGUACAUCUGUACAUUCAACACUUGGUUUCGUUAUUAUUACUGUGCAGUAGUGAAUGUACAUUGAAAAACUCCAUGCUUUUCAGCUUCUUCAGCCAUUAUAUUUCAUUAUUGGUGUUAUCCACUAGAGGGCAGCGUUGCAGAGGUUUCAGCUGUUACACUCCCUGUUAGUAAAGCAGAUCACAACAGGGAUGGGAUUCCUUCAAGGAUCACUAACUUUGGGAGGUAUUAUUCAGAGAUUUAGCUUCUGUUUUUCUCGUAGGGAAACUUGUGCAUUUCAUGUUUUAUAUUCUUGAAUUCUUAUAUUGAAAAUCAUCUUCCUCAUUCCGUGAGAUUGAGUCACACCACACUGUGUUCAUGCAAGUCUUUUCCUACAACCGCUAUUUAUUUAAUGAACAGUCUAGACAUGACAUUUGUUGUCUGUGCAUGCCCUGUGAGUGCACAAAUGGUCACUUUUUUCAGCGUCUGUUGAAUUGAUGUGGUUUAACUCUGUUUUAACUCCAAUAUUCACUGUGCCAGGCACUUCCAGCCACUUUAGAGCAGCAGUAAUUCACGUUACUUUGGCAGCAGAGAGGAUAACACGGGACAUUCCUCACUGUAUGACACAUUCCUGCCUUGUUAAGAGUGAAUCUGUCUUAAAGCUGUCUCUUGCCAAAUGCAAAUCUAUAUAAUGUAUGUGUUUGUGCAUGUGUUUCCUGUGACAUCUUGGACAGCGAGUGAGUACAAAUCACCUAAUGGUGCUGACCUUCCUCUUGGCUUUUGCUCAAAUAUCCAAUUGGAGCCAAGAAGAUCUUGUAGCGUGCUGGGUUCGUUUUUUUUAUGUCUUGCUAGAAUUUCCAAAGCAGAUCAAGACUGUUUUUUUUUUUUAAUGACCUACGACCGCUACCCGUGACCAGGUGCAUUUUGUUAUCACAGCCAAGAGGGAUCAAGUGAUUUCAAGAUUUUUGGGGGAUAUUUGUAGCAUUUCUCUUUUGAAACCUGGCUCAUUUCUUUGGGAAAUACGGAGACAUGCAGGUGUUUCAAAACGUAUUUGACAAUCUUUUUUUUGUGACGAUCUAAGUGUGUUUCCUAACUUUUAUCACAAUGAAAAAAGGUAAAGGGAGUUUUGACAAGCAUAAGCGCACACAUGUAUGUGUUUGUGUAUAUAAUUAAUAUAAAAAAGUCUAAAAAAAAAAAAAAGCAUGUGUUGGGUCAGUUCUAAAAAGCAAAAAUGUUUAAAAGAAUAACACAUUUUCAAGCAGCCACUUGCCUGUAUGCAAUAGUUUUUUUAGUUGCUUAUAUUACACACCUCCCAUUUCGCUGAUGUUAUAUUUUAAUUUAAUGGUCAUUGUGUAGAUACAACAUGUAAAAUAACAAUUUGUUUUGUAAUGAAAUCUAUUUUUCAAUGUUUAAUGCUAUAUUUUAUUGAGCAGUUAAAGAGACUGCAGACAGGACAUCUCUAAAUAAUUGGAAGUGCAGGACAGUUUAUCAUAGACCAACAUUUGUAACACUAGAAAAAUCUGGAAUUUUGGGGUAACUUUGCAAGAUAAAAAUGUUUUUGUUACUCUGAAGACGGAUUGAUAUUAUUUUACCAUUCACAUUAGGAUUAUGAAAGAGAUGUCCAACAACAAUGUGGCAGUAUGCAUCAUCAUGAGUUUAAAAUCAAAUAAAUUCUUGUCUAAAGCCAACUUAAAACCUUUUUUUGUUUGCAUGGUUUCAUUUUGAUUACCAUAAGUUGGGUGAGUGUCCUGUUUUCACCACCAGAUGGAG